CAAGGGAUCCCAUUCAACAAUUACUGGUAGUUUACAACAGGGUAUUCCAUUGUUGCUCAAGUGUUUCCAUCCUUGAAAGCUACGCUGCGAGUCUGCGACAUUGCAAUCCUCCCUCUCUCUCCUCCAUUGAAUUGUACUCUGAAUUCUCCAUUGAAUCAGCUCCUGAGCUUUCUCUCCUCCAUUUUAAGAGGAAAAGAGGUUGAGGACAAGAAGAUGGGUAAACGAGGUAGAGCAGCAGUUGUUGUACUGGGGGAUAUCGGCCGGAGUCCAAGAAUGCAGUAUCAUGCCCUCUCACUUGCUACCCAGGCAUCUCUCGAGGUAGACAUUAUUGCAUAUGGAGGUUCUGAUCCACAUGCUGCUCUUCUGAACCACCCUUCCAUUUGUGUACAUCAAAUGGCACAAUGGCCUAAAUUUACACAAAAAUUACCGUGGGUACUUCGCUAUUUUGUCCUUUUGCUCAAGCCACUGUUUCAGCUCCUUGUACUCCUUUGGCAUUUGUGCAUUAAAGUACCAGCUCCAGAUGUUUUCUUAGUUCAGAAUCCGCCAUCUGUACCAACCUUGGUGGCUGUGAAAUGGGCAAGCUGGAUCAGGCAUUCAGCAUUCAUAGUGGAUUGGCACAAUUUUGGAUACACUUUGCUAGGGCUAUCUCUUGGUAGAGGAAGUCGCUUUGUUGCAGUAUAUCGUUGGUUUGAGAAGCAUUAUGGACAGCUGGCAGAUGGCUCUCUUUGUGUAACAAAGGCCAUGCAACAUGAUUUGGCUCAGAACUGGGGAAUCAGAGCCACUGUGCUGUAUGAUCAGCCUCCGGAUUUUUUCCAUCCUGCUUCAAUAGAGGAGAAGCACAGGCUGUUUCUCAAAUUGGAUAAAGAGUUCAGACAAUCCGAGGGAAAUCGAGAUUGUAUCAACCAUGGAAGCAGACAUAUGAGGACAGAUGAACCCUUUGAUACUCUGUUUACAAACGUUUCUGGAGUUGGUGUCUCUGAAAAGUCAACCCGGCCAGCACUUGUUGUUAGUAGUACGAGCUGGACACCAGAUGAAGAUUUUGGUAUCCUUCUGGAGGCAGCAGUUAUGUAUGACAGACGUGUUGCAGCAAUCUUGAAUGAGGACGAUUCAAUUAAAGAAGAGGUCCUUUGGGAUGAAAUGAAUGACGGGAAACAAAAUAUAUACCCUAGAUUGCUAUUUGUGAUAACAGGAAAAGGCCCUGAAAAAGAAAAAUAUGAACAAAAAAUAAAGAACUUACACCUUAAGCGUGUUGCUUUCCGCACAAUGUGGUUGUCAGCCGAAGAUUAUCCCCUACUUCUUGGGUCAGCUGACCUGGGGGUUUGUUUGCAUACUUCCUCGUCUGGAUUGGAUCUUCCGAUGAAGGUUGUGGACAUGUUUGGUUGUGGUUUGCCAGUUUGUGCUGCUUCAUACUCAUGCAUUGAGGAGCUUGUCAAAGUUGAAAGGAAUGGUCUUCUUUUCUCAUCUUCUUCUGAACUUGCAGAUCAGCUCUUGGCGUAGAACCACAAUGGAAAACGCCGCCGCCCUAGCUGAAGCCAUCCGAAGCCAUCCGCAUGUUGGCCGAAAACCUGAACCAGAACCAAGGGGAUCAACUCGAUCCCAAGCGGAGAUGUUUAAAAAGCUAGCUCAAGUGAGGCCCCCAGGGAGGUGCUGAUCCCACCUUCUUAGAAAACUGGAUCCCAGAGUUCGAUAAAUUAUUCGUGGCAUUGAACUGCCCCGAGGGUAUAAAAGUGGAUCAGGCGGCUACGUAUCUCAAAGAUGAGGCCGACAUAUGGUGGAGGGAUAAUUCUGAGAUAGUGAGAGCCAAACCCAAUUUCGUGUGGGAAGUGUUUAAGACCGCUUUGAGGGACAAGUUUUACCCUCCAUUUCUAAAGAAGCAGAAGGCUCGAGAGUUUAUAAAUCUAGAAAUGGGCCAGAUGUCAAUCUAGAGUACUAUAACAAGUUCAUGACCCUUGCUAGGUUUGCUCCUGAGGUUAUACCAAGAACUGAAGGCUUAGAGGUUUGGAUAGGGAUUGACUGACCGGUUACCAAAAGACCUAGCUGGAAAGUCUUUAAGACUUUUGACAAAGUAUAUAAGAGAGUGCCUGGAGAGAAAAUGAAGGACUUUGGGAAACCUGAAAACCAGAGUAACUUUAAGAGGCCUAGGAAUGAGAACUCGUUCGAUAGGGUAACCAAAAUGUUAGCAAUUCUUCUAAUGCUAACAAUGGGAGAGAAGCUACCACUGCAAUAGGUGUAGGAGAAACCAGCCAAGGAAAGACUGUGAUGGGAAUUUAGUGACUUUUAGGUUUCUGCAACAAAAAGGGGCAUAGGGAGUAUGAGUGUUACACCUUCUCUCUUUAAACUUGUGAGUACCUGAACAAUAUCCAAGAGAAUUACUGCCACGUGUUCAAACGCUAAGGCUAUAUCAGAAAUUAGCAACGGAAAAACUAAAUCAGUUAUAUAAAUAAGUUUCCAAACCAACAAAUAAAAUUAAGUCUUACAAGUUGGAACCUUUAAGACUCUAUUUAAAACCCAGCAAAAGUAGUAAAUAAAUAGAACCAGAGUUUAAAUAAAUUCAAUCUUAUGAAAAGAAAUAAAUUGCGAACAAU